AGGAAGAGAAAGGGGGUGAGAGAGAGGGAAGAGGAGAGGGGAGAGGGAGAGAUGGAGUUAAGCGGGGAAGGGGGUGAAGCGCAGGGGACAGGGGACAUGGUGUUGCCGCUGCUCUACAGCGCGGUGGCGGUGGCGUUGGGCGGCGCGGUGCUGCGCUUGCUGCUGAGGCAGGAGCUGGAGUCGGGUCUGGCGGCUGCGCUGCGGCUGCUGCUGGCCCUCUUCAGCCAGCCGCUCUGCUCCAUGGCCAUGCCCGGCUACCCCGGCCUCUGCCUCUUCUCCCUCGCCUGUCUUCUCGCCUACAGCCGGCUGCCCGUGCCCCAGCUGCUGCCCGUCCAGGGCAAAGCCAUCCUCAUCACAGGAUGUGAUUCUGGAUUUGGUCAUGCACUGGCAAAAUACCUCGAUAAACUGGGCUUCACUGUGUUUGCUGGAGUUCUGUACCUCGAUGGGCCUGGUGCUCAGGAUCUGAAAAUGUGCGGGUCAGACAGGCUCACUGUGCUCCAGCUGGAUGUUACAAGUUCGGAGCAGAUUGCUGAAACCUUUGAGCAUGUAAAAGCUCAGCUGAAGAACCGAGGACUUUGGGGUAUCGUGAACAAUGCGGGGGUGCUGGAAUUUGUUGCUGAUGCGGAACUUCUACCCAUGAAUAUUUUCAAACACUGCAUGGCGGUGAACUUCUUUGGGGCUGUGGAAGUCACCAAAAUAUUCCUUCCACUACUUCGCCAAGCCAAAGGCAGGCUUGUUAACGUCACAAGCGUUGCAGGAGUCACACCAUUAUUGGGCUUUGCGGGAUAUGGUGCCUCGAAGGCUGCUCUCAACAUGUUUUCCAAUAUUUUGAGAUCUGAAAUUGCCAUCUGGGGAGUUAAGGUGGCCAUCAUUCAGCCAACUAGUUUCAGAACAGGUAUAUUUGGCACCAGUGACCAAUGGAGCAACCAGCACAAGAAACUCAUGCAGUAUCUCUCUCCUGAUGUGAGAAAAGAUUAUGGUGAAAGCUAUAUAACCUCAUGCAUAGACAACCGCGCUAAAUAUCACGAUGAAUCACGUGAAGAUCUGCAAACUGUUCUUGAUGAUAUCUCCUUGGCAUUGAUGGCAAAGAACCCAAAGCGGGUCUAUUCCCCUGGACAAGCUGCUUUAUAUCUGCCGUUCCUCCAUCAAUAUGCUCCCACCUGUAUAUUUGAAUAUGUUAUGAUUUCUUUGGUUGGCUCAGGUCUGAAUCAACCAGAUGGAGUUAAAGAAAAAGGAUCCCAUCAGUAGCUAAUAUCAACCCAUUCUCCAUUCAGCACAGAUGGGUACUUUCUACCGAUGAAAACCUAUAUACAGUUUAUUAUAUUUUAUAUAUAUACUAGACCAAGUGGGACCCGUUGGGUCCCGUCCCCUCAACGCGCGAUUGCGUGGUUAUAUUUAUACGUGGUUAUAAUACAAUAUAACCAUGUAUAUAUAUAUAUAUAUAUAUAUAGGUUUUUAUUAGUAGCAUGUACCCAUCUGUAUAACACACACACACACAUAAUAUAUAUGUGUGUACACACCUUAUUAUAUAUAUAUAUAUUUAUGUGUAUGUGUGUUUGCAGAAGGCAACCUAUCCAACCUUACAAAAAAAAUGUUUUGCAAUAGGCAGGUCAUCGCACAAAAUAUUAUAGAGAUACCUGACAAUUCCGGUAUUUGCACCCUUUGGUCCAUUCAGUCCAACACAGACUAGAAUUCUUUAGAAAUCCUUUAUUUCACCAAGGUGACCUUGCUUCUCUGUCCUGCUCUGGGAAGCUCACUUGCUCCAGCACAGUCAAAGAUAAAAAUGUGCUCAAACAAAGGAAUUAGCAUAAAUAUAUAUAUGGUUGAUACAGUGGGAGGUAACUGACAACGGGCGGUAAUUCUAGACCAAUGACUACAGUAUCAUAUGGUUAUAUAUGUGGGGACAAUCUUUCCACCCAAUUAUAAUCAUACACAACAUAAUACAUCUGAGCCAAUCACAAUAGCGUCGAACAUCACGUUUUACAAGAAUGAUGAUGUCAUAGCAAGAAAAGUAAAACUUAACUCCAUCAGCCACUAGGUAUACUACGAUGUCCAAGAGACAGAAUACUUAACCCUCUCUGUCCCAAAGUACCCCCACCUCUGCAUAUUCUCAUACCAAAGAUAAACACAAAAGGCUGAACUAACUCAGCAGGACAGGCAGCAUCCUUGGAGAACAUGGAUAGAUGAUGUUUCGUAUCGGGAACCUUCAGAUUGAUUAUGGGGGUGGGGG